GAUCCAGAUGCCGUGCGAGCACAUCUGCUGCAUGUCUCAGAGUUGGAAUCCGCAAAGCAGCGUGGCACCCGGACUUCGGAUGCAGUGCGCUUCAUGUUGGAAGUGGAGAAAGCAUUGAACACAAAAGUGGCACUUUGCCAUGAACACUUUCCCGUGGAGGACUCUGGAGGAUGGACGCCACAAGCGUCCGUUGAGCUUUUGUUGUCUGCUCAGCAACAACGUGUGGAGUUCUAUCGCAAAAUGGAUUCAGCAGAUGACGCAGCGGAGGAGGCGACCGUUGCGGUUGCACACGCAGAAGAAGAAGCGGUUGUGCGCUUGGUGGCGGCGGAUCUGCGACUGCGCGGUCCGGCGGCGGUGGCGAAAGUGUUGGCCGACAGAGCCACUUUGAACCGCGAUCAACUUGGCUUCGUCGCCAUUGUUGCAAAAAUUCUGCAAGAUGCCUUUGAAUCACUUCCGCCAAGUGGCGAUGGUAUGCUCGCCAAGGAUCGUGUUCUGUUGCGAUGUCUGCUGGUUGGAGGCGGUGGAUGUGGGAAGACUCGGAUCAUCAACAUGGUUUUAAGACCGUUGUUUGAAGCAGUCUUUGGUGAUGGUUCCAUGCAAGCGCAGGCGCCUUCGAACAAAGCCGCUCGUCAGAUUCAUGGCCGAACCAUGCACAGCGCAAACAAGCUGCGCAAAGAUUCAUCUUUGCGGACCGUGCAUUUGCGUGUUUCCGCAGAGACACGGAAGGCUUUGGAAUGCAACACUGUCCCGCUGGCUGCCAUCGUCAUCGAUGAUUUCUCUCAAUGCAUUGGUCAGAUGCUGCAUGCGGAUGCGCUGCGGAAGUCUUAUGGUCGGCAAAGGGCCCUGGGGCUGGAGCUUCAUCGUUAUGCGGAAUUGGACGAGAGCUGGGGGCGUAUGCCGGUGGUCGUCAUUUCUGGGGAUGAACUGCAAUUACCUCCUGCGUUGGUGAAUACCAACAUCAGUGGAUCCGGCGACAGCGCUCGCUUGUCCGGCACUGAGCAUUUUUUCCAAGCUUGCUACACUUGGUCUGUGGUUAGCAUGGCCUAUACCAUUCGCAGUUUUGAAUCAGCAAAAGCAGCGGGCAAGACCUUGUAUGCCGCCGCGCGACACGGUCGGUUUGUGGUCCAAGUAAAGUUUCAAAAGGUGGAAGAGUACACAUAUACCCGGCAAGGCGCGCCGACCAAGGGAAAGCGGUUGCACGUGCUGUUUGCUAGCGCGGAAGAAGGUGCAUAUGUGUCUGGUCGCAUGGUCAUGUGGCAACAGAAGUCUGGCGAGUUGGAAGCUGCGGCUGCGCGCUUCCAGGUGGGUUUGCACUUCGAAAUGAAAUCUGUCGUCUUUCUCCAGAAAGAGGUAGCCGAAUAUAUUCACACUCCGUUGAAAGUGGUUCUGGAUCUGCGACAGACUCACUUCGAUUCGGUUCUACAGGGACAAUUUCCCAACUUUUGCCUGGGCCCACCGACACGUCUGAAAGACAUUCUGGAGUUAACAGACGAUCGACAACGCUUCGAUAUCACGAGUCUCGUGCGGCUGCGCGGAGACCCGCGUACGGUAACCACCCGGCAGGGUCAACGUGUGGCGCAGGACAUCGUGCUUCGAGACGAGUCUUGUGUGCAAGACGGACAUCGGGCAGAGAUCACCACGUCCAUUUUCGCGGAAUCACAAGCGAAACUGGAAGAAUUUAUUGCUUUGGUGAAUCUGGAAAAGCCGUUGACUUUCUUUGGCUUCGAUGUGCAAGUCCGUGGUGCUGAAAUCAAGGUCACUCCAUCUUUUCAAGACUUUCGCUGUGAAGUGGCUGUCUCCGUCCGUGCGGCUGCGCAGGACGAAAGACAGAACGAGAUUUGGAAGGAAGCAGGGCAGACGCUGACGCAUGAAUGGCAGCCCUCGGUUUCUACGGACUACACAAGCAAAGAAGGCUUUUUAUCCUUUUGUGCUUUGCUGGAUGCGUAUAGCCAACAAGACGCAGCUGCCUUGCAUGGCAAGUUGUUUCAACUCAACAACAUCCAUGUGCCUUACCCACCGGAGCACCACACGGUGGAACGACGUGUGUUUUGGUCCACACGGAUUCGAGAUUGUAGCGGCAGCUUGGAAGUCGCCAUUCGACAAAAGGCAGCCUGCCAGCUCGCCAAAAUCGAUACAGCUGAUCACGAGAAUGCCGUCAUGGAGGUCAAUAGUCAGCAUGGCGGUGACCUGUUAUCGUGGCCUUUGCUUGCCAGUGUCAAGAUCUUGGUCACACUUCGUGGUGACAAUGACUCUGGUGCCACACAGGCGACUGACAGCGUCUCCACGACGAGUUCCUCGAAGCGGAUGCGCUUCUUAGUUGUGGAAGCUUCGGAGCAGGACCUGCAAGCGACGCCCACAAAGGCUGUGCUGGCCGUUGUUCAUGCCUUGAGCCAUGUGCCGUGCAGCGGAGACGCGUUUGCGGCUGCAUUGCUGUCGCAAUUGACCAAGAAUAGUUUUGGCGUUUUUCAAGUGCAGCCAGAGGUUGUGGUAGCGCACCUGGAGACUGGUGCCUUGGAACGCCACGCUAAACGUCGCCGGGUUACUUGUGCGAAGGCCUUGGUGAUGCUUCUUUCGAAAGAACGGACGCAGCAAGAAGCGUUGGGCUCAGACAGUUAUGGCAUUCGGUUGGUGACCAAGAAUGUUCGCGACGCUUUGGCUCCAGAUGCAGGCCCUGUGACUGUGGUGGCAUAUUGUCAGCGACAUGCUUUGAAGGAUUUCAUUUUGGAUCCUCCACGGACUGGAACCAAAACCCAAUACGCUCUGGCAUUGAUCUCCGAUCUGAGCACUACAUCAAGUGAAACCACAUAUGUGGUGGAACAAUUGCAGUUGCUGCAAGAAGGCGAUGCAGAAGCUGCAAUGAUAUGUCUGCGGCGUUUGGAGCAACUGACUGCCUUGAUCGCUUCUCGUCAACAGACGUCGGAUCCCCUACCAGCCUGGACGGACACAUUGGCGGAGAGUGCCUCCCGCAUCGCUUGUCCACGCAUCUCGGCCUAUCCCGCAGGGGACACAUGGGAGAGUCCAGUGAAGGCGUCCCAGGAG